AUGGGUUAUAAAGAUAUAGAAGAUAUAGAAGAUGUAAUACAUGAUGUAAUAUAUGAUGCUGAUGAAAAAGGUCAACUUGAAGUAGUAGUAAAAAAUUUACUUGAAUUAGGAUAUAAAUGUACAGAAGAUGCAAUAUAUGAUUAUGAUUGGGCAAUUAAUGAUGCUGCAAAAAAAGGAAACCUUGAAUUAUUAAAAUACUUGCAUGAAUUAGGGUAUAAAGGAAAUGAAAUGCCAAUUAAUUACGCUGCAGAAAAAGGACACCUUGAAAUAUUAAAAUACUUGCAUGAAUUAGGGUAUAAAGGAAAUGAAAUGACAAUUUAUUCUGCUGUUGAAAGUGGAAAUAUUGAAAUUAUUAAAUAUUUACAUUCGUUAAGAUAUAAAGGUAAAGGUACAGAUUAUGCAUUUAAUUGUGCAGUAAAUAAUCAGUUAACAUCAUCAUCAGAUACAAUUAUUCGCGCUAUAGAAAAUGGUAACCUUGAACAAGUAAAAUAUUUGCAUAAAUUAAAGUAUUAUUAUGAAGAAUUAGCAAUUAAUUAUGCUACUGAAAAUUAUGACUUUGAAUUUGAGCAACAAUUAUAUAAAUUUAAGUAUAAAUAUGAAAAAUGUGCAAUUAGUUCUGCUGCUAUAAACGGGUAUGAAUGUUAUGAUUGGACAAUUGAUUGUGUUGCUAAAAAUGGUCACCUUGAAAUAUUAAAAUAUUUACAUGAAUUAGGAUAUAAAGGUACAGAAGAUGCAAUAGAUAAAGCUGCUCGAAAUGGGUAUAAAUGUGACAAAGGGGCAUUUUAUUCUGCAGCAGAAAAUGGUCAUCUUGAAAUGUUAAAAUAUUUAUAUGAAUUAGGGUAUAAAUGUGACAAAUGGACAAUUUAUAUUGCAAAAGAAAAUGGUCACCUUGAAAAUGGUUUUGUACACAUUUUUACAUGA